AUGCGCCGCCGGGCGGUCCUUUGCUGCCUCCUGGGCGGCGCUUGGCGCUUCGCCGCGCCCUCAGACUUCGCGCGCCCGGCGCGCCUGGCGCGGCUCGGGCGAGCCGCGGGGCCCAGCGACCAGCCGCCGCCGGUGCAGCCGCCGCAGCUGGCGAGGGAUCCGCCGGUGGAGACUGGGCGCAACCCGCAGGCGGUCGCGCAGGACUUUGCGCCGCGGCGGUCAUGGGGAUACGGGCACGUUUGGGGCAUCGUCUCCUUUCCGCUGAUCAUUUUCCUGGCGGUCGCCGCCUACCUCUUCACUGGCUUCGUGGGCACUGCCACGAAGCCCCCGCCGGAUGUGUCGCUGUCCGAGGCGCUGAUGGCGCUCACGGCCAUCGAGGACGACUUUGGGCAGCGGGGGCCCUCCAUGGGCCUCCGCGCGCGCCUGGCGCGCUGGUUUCAGUGGUCAGAGCCGCAGCGGCGCCUGGACUGGGAGUUGGACCAGUUGGACCGCCUGGGGGUGGCGCGGACGCAGCGCGAGAAGAUCCGGCAGCGCGGGGUGGACGCGGCGGAGGACAUCGCGCAGGUGGUGGAGUACUUCAUCGCCGGCAACGGCAUCAUCGACGACUCCGGGUCCGCCAAGUUCGCGGAUCGCAUCGCCAGCGAGGAGGCGUCGAGGGGCUACCCGGAGGCGGAGAAGUUUGCGGAGAAGGCCUUGCACGAGGGCCGCCGGGCACUGGCGGAGACCGUGGCCAUGAUCGAGGAAGUGGCGGACUAUGAGGACGAGUGA